GCGGAUUACUUCCCGGUUAUUGGUAAAAUCAUCGAUAGGCUCACGGGUUUACAUAGCAAAUGCGAGAAGGUUUUUAAAGCAAUGGAUACAUUUUUCGAUCAAGCUAUAAGGCUUCAUCUAGAAGAUGAGAGUAUUAAAGAUGAUAUCAUUGACUUGCUUCUCAAAAUGGAAAAGGGAGAGACUGCACUUGGAGAAUUUCAACUUACUCGAAACCACACCAAAGGGAUUCUUCUGAAUGUUCUUAUUGCUGGGGUAGACACAUCUGGCCACACAAUAACAUGGGUGAUGACGCAUUUGAUUGCAAACCCAAGAGUUAUGAUGAAGGUGCAAGCUGAGGUGAGAGAAGUGAUCAAAAACAAAGACGAUAUCACAGAAGAAGAUAUAGAACGACUCGAGUAUCUCAAAAUGGUGGUUAAAGAAACAUUUAGGAUCAACCCACUUGCGCCACUUCUAAUUCCAAGAGAGGCUUCAAAGGAUAUAAAGAUCGCAGGCUAUGACAUUCCAAAGAAAACAUGGAUCCAUGUCAACAUUUGGGCUGUUCAUAGGAAUCCAAACGUUUGGAAAGAUCCGGACGCUUUCAUUCCAGAGAGGUUCAUAGAUAAUGAGAUUGACUAUAAAGGUCUAAACUUUGAGUUGUUGCCGUUUGGUAGCGGAAGGAGGAUGUGCCCUGGUAUGGGCAUGGGCAUGGCCUUGGUACACUUGACUCUUAUCAAUCUUCUCUACCGUUUCGACUGGAAGCUUCCAGAAGGAAUGAAGGUGGAAGAUGUUGAUCUUGAAGAAUCAUAUGGACUUGUCUCUCCUAAGAAAGUUCCACUUGAGCUUAUCCCGGUGAUUACCAAGUGGACUUGA